GGCGAUGGGUCCAGAAGGGCAGGGAGCUUGCGAUGAGCGGUUGAGAGUGAGAGGGUGCAAGGGCUUGAGAGUCGUGGAUGCGAGUAUCAUUCCGGUGCAUGUCAGUGGAAAUAUUGUGAGUAUGGUGUACGCGAUUGCUGAAAAGGGAGCGGAUCUGAUCAAGGAAUAUUGAGGCUUGUAAACCGGGCAUGUCAGGUUAUCGAUCAAAAGUUG